AAUUAAUUAAAACUAAAAAGAUUAUUUAUAAAUUAAAUUCUGAAAUUGACAUAAUAAAAAGGUAUUAAAGUUGAUGAAUUGUUAAUAAAAUAUUAACUAAGGAUAGAGUUAGGAAGAAAAUAACGGAGUAGACUGUCAGUUAAAUUAGUUGCCAACUUCACUUAGAGUUGAAUAAAGUAAUUAACAAGAAAAUGAAAAUCAGAGGUUUGAUGCAUUUGAAGAAUUUGGAGUAAAUAAAAAAAUAUUUAGUCAAAUUAUAAAAGAAUAAAUGAAUUUAGAUGUUUGUUAUGAGGAUAUUGAAAAAUUAGAAUCCUUAUCAUUAAAUAUAGAUAAGAUAGAUUAUGUCAAUCAAUAUAUUUACACUUUUAAAGUAGCUAAUACAUUGAGUUACUUAAAAAGUUUAAAAUUGAUAAUUAAUCUAACGACCUCCUUUCCUCAAGAAUUUAUAAGCAAACUAAAUAAAUAGAUUUCAUUUUUAUAUCAAAUAUCAAAUUUGGAUGUUCAAUUAAACAUUUAAAAAAACACUGUAAUUUAAGAAUACUUAGACCAAUUUAGUCUUGCUAUUUCAAACUCAAUGAAUUUGUAGAGCUUAAAUUUUUCAGUGGAAUCUUAAGGAAGCAAUAUAGAGCCAUUAAAUUUAACUUCUUUUUUGAAAUGUCUUAAUAAGCUAUAAAAUUUAAGCAGUCUUUCCUUAAUUUUUCGAAAUUUUGCUAAAUUUUAAAAUCAAAUAAAAAUAUUUGGAAGAGAGUUUAAGGAGAUUAAAAAUCUUAAAAAUUUAAAAUUAUAUUUUUAUCCUCCUUAAGAUAAAUUAGACUUGGCUCUAAUGUUUCAAUAAUUGGAAGUUCAAAAUAAAUUAGUUUAAUUAUCUUUAGGAUUUGAAUUUGGAAAUAUUGAGAGUAAAGGUAUUGAAGUUAUUAUGACAUAUCUGUAAAAGUUACCAUGUUUAAGACACCUUGCCAUUUAAAUAAGAGAUUGCAGAUUAGGGUAUUAAGGAGGAUAGGCUUUCAAAGAUGGCUUUUAGAGUCUUUAAAACUUAGAAAAAUUAUCGUUAACUUUAAAGAAUAGCUAUAUGGGUGAAAAAGGAUAUUAGCUAGUAUCAGAAGGCUUUUCAUAUCUUUUGAAACUAAAAUAAUUAGAAAUAAUAACUGAAGAUAAUAUAGGUUCAGAUUAUUAUGAAUACUUAACAUCUACCAUACCUAAACUAAAACAUCUUCUGAUUGUAAGAUUUGCUUUUCAUUGCUAUCUUCAAAAGAAAGUAUUCUAAAGAUCGAUGAGAUCUAUUAGAUUAGUUUCAAUUUACAAAAAUUGA